GCCCGGAGCCGCCGUCUUGCAGCCGCCGCUUCUCCGCGGCCCUGCUGCCGCCCGCUCCGGCCCCGGGACCCGGGCCUCCUGCCGCCCCUCCAUUCCCCCCCCCCGCCGGGCCCGCCGCCUCGGCUCCUCGUUUCGACCUCCCCCUCCCGGGCCCGGCCAUGGCGGACUUCGAUGAGAUCUACGAAGAGGAGGAGGACGAGGAACGAGCGCUGGAGGAGCAGCUCCUCAAGUAUUCUCCCGACCCGGUGGUGGUGCGCGGCUCCGGCCAUGUCACCGUGUUUGGACUAAGCAACAAAUUUGAAGCAGAAUUUCCUUCAUCUUUAACUGGGAAGGUUGCACCCGAAGAAUUUAAAGCCAGCAUCAGUAGAGUUAACAGUUGUCUUAAGAAGAACCUUCCAGUUAAUGUACGAUGGCUACUUUGUGGAUGCCUUUGCUGCUGCUGCACUUUAGGUUGUAGUAUGUGGCCAGUUAUCUGCCUCAGUAAAAGAACACGAAGAUCGAUUGAGAAGUUAUUAGAAUGGGAAAACAAUAGGUUAUACCACAAGCUGUGCUUGCAUUGGAGACUAAGCAAAAGGAAAUGUGAAACGAAUAACAUGAUGGAAUAUGUCAUCCUUAUAGAAUUUUUACCAAAGACACCGAUUUUUCGACCAGAUUAGCAUUUGAUUUAUUUUUAAGAGACUUAUUCAAGUAUGUUGUCUUUCCAAUGGUGCCUUGCUUGGUGCUCUCCUGGUGGUGACAUAGCAUUGGUUCUACAGACUCUUGUGGUGUUUCCAUUCUUUUUUUUGUUUUGUUUUUCUUUGUUCAUUUGUUUUAAUAAGAGCAUGUUCUAAGUGCAUUUGGUCAAACUCUGCAAAGUCAUUUCAUGCAAAUGUUAACUACUACUUAAGUUAUUACUUUUACUACUUCUGUUUGUUAAUGUAUCUUGAUUUUCAGAGAGUCUUUUAUGUGUGCGCGCGUGUGUACAUAUAUUACUAUAAAUACACAGCUGAAAAUGUUCUACAAGUGAGCAGGUAUUUUUUUUUUUACCCCCAAAUGACAAAACUGUUUGAUUGUACAUUGUGUAAGUCCUCUUGAUUAUUAGUUUAUGUGCUGAAAUAUCAUCAAAGAUCUACCUAAACUUUUGUCAGUGACUAGUCAGUUGUAAAUAUUUUUAUUUCUUUUCGGAUAUUGGCUAGCUUCUUCCAACAAAAGAGGGUAAUAAAGUUCCUUUUGAAAUUGUGCUUUUUGGAACCCAUAUGCCAUUGCAUUAAUAGGAAUCUCUGUGCUUUUCAUGAAGAAGUCCUGUCAGCUGGUUCUGAAGAAGUUCUAAACUUAGAAGAAAAAAAGCAAAAUAGAAUUACUCAUAUUAGAAAAUUGUUGAACAAAUUGCAUGCAUCUGAUUAGUAGAAUUCAAGAUUUCAACAGUAUGUUAGUAUGUAAACCAAUAUUUUAUAUUGGUUUAUAAUGUAGCAGUUUUAAUUCAGGCUAAUGCCAUGUAUCAUUUUAUUUGUAUUGUUUACCAGACACAUACGGUGUACAGGGGUGCAGAAGAUUGUUUUACUAAAAUUUUUUCUCCAGGCAUACCUUUCAGGGUGGUGGGUUUUUUGUUUUUUGUUUUUUUUUUCCCAUUUUUAAUUUUAUUUUAAGCCACAUAAGCAGAAGAAAGUUAGAAAGUUAUUGGGCUAAUUUUGAAUAGUACAAUUCUGGGUACAAAUGCAGGUGCCAUAUGUCAGAAGUUAUCAAAAUAUGGUAUGCUGGUCAGCAGUGUAAAUGUAAUUAUGUUAAAUAAUUAUGUACUGCACCCUUGCUUCUGCUCAUUGUCUGCUUUUGGUUUACAAAUCUUAUUUUCUGCACAGUACGAAGUCUUUUUUUUUUUUUUUUAAACUGGGUAUUUGAUGUUUGCUUGGGUCAGGCCAGUUGUAUUUUAUUUCUUCUGCUUGUAUCUUAGUUGUACAUAUCUUCAAACAUAGCUUUUCUAAAUUGCUACCUAUGUUUUAAGGUUUGCUUUAUAUAUCUAAAAUUACUGUACAUGAACAUUAAUGUAAGCUAUGAAUAUCUUCCUUGUACAGUUGUGGUAGCAAGCAAUAAUGUGAAUAUAUGAAAAACAGAUACACUCUGCUUAAUAUUUGUAUGAAUGAGAAGUUGAUACCACUACAAGAGUAAUUUUCUCUUUUUAAUCUUUUAAAUACAAGUUUUAUUUCAAGGUAAUAUAUUACAGGUACCUUGAUGCUGUGAACUAUUUUUCUAUGUCUUCAAAAUAUUUAUUCUCUGUAAAAUAUUCUCCAGUGAGUAUUAUGUUCCUAAAUGUUUGAUAGUGGGAGUGAUCUAGGAACUUUUAAGUUUUCUUAAAUUCAUAUCUCUGUAUCAGCUCCCUAAAGCCACCCAUUGCUCAGCUUUUGUGUGUGAAUUCCUGCUGUUUACUUUGAAAAUAGCUCAGCUAUGCUUUUCAUACAGCCUACGAGUGUUUGUUUGAUUUGACUGAAGGUGACUUUUUAAUCAACAAGUAUCACUUUUGUGCUGUCUAGGUCUUCUGAGGCCCGCAGUGGUUUUCUUCCAAAGAAGCUAGUUACAAUGUUCACUUCUAUUUUCAUUUAAAAUCAGUUACAGCCUCUUCUUUAGUACAAAUCUGAUCUGCAGCACUCUUCACACUCAGAAGUAUUGUUGUAAUCUUGGACCAAUUUCAGCCUAUGAAGGAGGACAGAAGCUUAAAGUUGAUGGCAGCUGAAGUUCUGGGGGUUGAGAGUUGCAGUGAUGAGGUUGAAAAUGAACUUAAAUAAUAGCUAGUGUUUAAUAUUGGUGACCAGAAAUGUAUAUUGAUUUCUCUCAGUUUCCAAUAAAAUGAAUACUGAAUAUGCCAUGCCUAGAUUUUGUUAUCAGUGUUCUCAGUUGACAGCGCAGGCAGAUUUUUACUGGUAGUUCUUCAGUGUCAGCCAGUGAUCUUAGUUUGCUCCCCAAGCUUCCCAUGCUGUAUUCUGUGACACUGUGACUACCUUGCCAAACCUGAUUCUUAAAGGUACUCCGAGAUUGAUGUGUGCUGAAACAAGUGCACUGAAUGCAGUCUGACUUUAAGAUUUGCGGAGAACACCUUGUUAGUUAGAAUACCUCAUAAGUAGUAAUGCUUUCUAAGAACUCAUCUGUUUUAGGUGCAUCUGCUGUUUGAUAUUUCUGUAUUUUUCUCUAUCACUUACUCUCUGAGAAUUCUAUUUGUAGAGGGUCCAAAGUAGGGCUUCGAGCAAAUAAAAGCCUAAAUCCCACAGUAAGGUGGUAGACUAGUUGCCUUUCAAAACAUUUCUUGUCUUAUUAAUAUCUCUGACUGAGCGUACUACCCAGAAAACUUGGGAAAGUGCAUUUAUAUAUAGAUGAGUUUAGCUCAAAAGCAUUGCUCCCUGUUGAGGUAGUACCCUUGUCUAGUAAGAAUGUUAGCAAGCAUUUUAGCACAAUGCCUUUCCAUUCAGUAAUUACAGUAACAAAAAUUGAACUGAAGAAAAACUUAAUCUCCUACUUAAAGCCUGCAGCAGUCAACAGGAUUUUUCUUUGAUAUUUUUUUCUAAAGUGUUUAAUUUUAUUUUGUAUGCCAGUAAGAAUACAUAUUUACCUUGUUUUUGUUCAAUUGACCAGGGUUGAAAUUGAGCAGAUCAGAAGCUGUAGUAGGACUUGUAAGACAGGCUGUUCUUUGCUAAAAUAAUUAUUACAUUAGAGUAACCUAUUCAGCUUCUAGUAACUCAGCAAUUCCUACAGAUCUUGUCUAUUCCCAUUUUCCUCGAGUAGUGAAAUUUAGAUAGCCACUUGGUAUUAAUCAUUUAACAAAUGAUUGUUGCUAAUUAUGUCUGUUUCACCUUUAGCCUGAUUAACUACUGGUAGAGGCAUCGUUGACUCUGUCAAAGCUAAUUAUUGUUUGUAGGUAUAGUGGCCUUCAGCUAGUCGUUUAAGAGUUAUUCUGUAACAUAAUAUUAAAAAAUAUAUUUUUAUUCUUUUAGUGAUACCUAGAAAUAAGUUUUGAGGCAGGAGGGCUUUCUUUCUGACCAUAUAUAAGAAUUCUGUAGAGUUUAUCUCUUGAUAAAUAAUUAUAAUGUGAAGUUUAAAAUGGGAUUAGCAAAUUUCACCAGAAAUUGUAAUGUUUGGGAAUAAGUUACAUUGUGUAAUAGUUUUAAUACACUGUGUAUGCAAAUCCAGAAACAGCUCUAGUAAAUCUAAAAAAUUCCCUAUGAUACACAAAACCAGGUGAAGUAUAUUAUAGGAACUUAUUUACAGUACUUAGACAUAAGCUAAAUCUGGAAAUUAAUUUGUUAAAUGACACUUUUACUUUGUAACUGUCAAGACCAUGUGCUGAAAAAAUACAUAUUUUUAAGUUACAUGCUUACUUAGAAGUCAGUUUUCAUUUUUCUAGCAGUCGUUGUCUAGCCCUGAAGGUUGCAGGGAAGAGCUUUAAAAUGCAAUCUGUAACUGCUUGGAAGGCAGAAGUCAAAGGGAAAGAAUUUGUCUUCAUUCCCUCCUCCCAGCCCCCAUCCUAGAGUCUUAAUUUUCAAUCAGUCCCCCUGUUUUGGGAGCCCUAGCUUAUAGUUUUUGAGCAGCUGGCAAUAAUGCAAGCUGUCCACCAAAAAGCCACCAUUUGAAUUCUGAAUAAUUUAGAGAUCACUUUAAUUGAAGAGGCAAAAGACUUGUUAAGCAAGAAAAUCCCUGGUUCUUUUAAGUUCUUUAAGCACUGCUGUUGGGUAAUUAAAAGAAGGAUAUUGAUGACCCUACAUUUGGUCACAAUCUGGAUGAUUUUGUGUGAAGGAAAUGCUCAAUUAGAGAGGUCUCAGAGCCCCGAAUCUCUGGUUUCACAGUAGCGACUUAUUAAUGAAGGGUUAAGAGGAGCUGGCUAGUUUGUACCCAUGACUAAAAUAACUCAUGUUGCUUUUCAGCUACGUUGCUUACAAAAACAAAGUAUUUAAAAAAUGCAGUCUCUAUUUGUCACCACUGAUUUGCUGUAAUUUCCAUGCUGCUUCUUCCUAAAGCCACAUUGCAUUUCUGUUACAAACAACUAGGUGUAAUGGUGGUUAUAAUGCCUUUAAUAGCCAUAUUGUAGGUAGAAAUAUUAACUACUCAGGGACUAAUAGGAAAUAGGAAAAUGGAGUUUAUGAGCUGAAUGCCUAUCUGCAUGAAGGCUUACUUGCAAACGGCACCCCGGAAAACUUCUGAUUGUAUUAUGCAUGACCAUUGUGAAUGUUACCAAUAUAUGGCAAUGAGAGCUCUAUUUACCCUGUAUUAUUAGGCUGCUGAAUGUCAAAGUAUGUUGAAUGAGGAUAAAUGAACUUUUUUUUCCCGCUGAUUUGGACAGAGUGAUUAUUUCUAACGGUGCUACCUUCUUCGUUGCUGUGUUUGUUCCUUGUAUCGAGUUCUCUCUUCAGGCUGGAUGAAUCAGGAGGUGCUGGUAAUGAGGAAACUGUGUCAUUCCUAGGGAAGUAGAAACAUUUCACAAGGGGAGAAGUACCCGAAAGCAAAUGCUUUCACUGGGAGAAGGAAAACAAAAAAAAGAAAAAAAAAAAAAAAGAAAAAAACCACAACCAAAACCAUCCUGCAGUUGUUCUUCAUUACAGAUUCGUUACAGAUAUCCGUUCAGGUUGUUCUGUUGCUAACAGUGUUUCGUAGUUGAUGAAUUUUUUUAAAACUUAUUUCACAAUGGUGUUUCAGUCAGCAUGGGCUGAAUUAGCAAUGAUUUUUUGCAAAUUUUUAAAAAGGAGUCCUUGUAUGAAACUGUUUCUUGACUUGUUCUGAUGUGUGCAUCUCCACCACGUGGCAUUUGGGUAGAACAUCUCUUAUUAACUGAAUGUUGAAUUUAUUUAAAAUUCUUCUGCUUCAAUUAGCUCAUUAAUAUUUCAUUAAGAUUUAUUAUCUUGAAAGAGAUUAAUAAAUGCUUGGCUCUUGAAAAUACAGCAGACCAUUAGGGGAAAUUUAAUGAAACACGGAAAUUAGAAGAAGCAACACAUGAAAGACUGAACUCGAGGUUUAGGUUUGAAAUUUGUGUGUAUUGGAAAACAGUUUUGAACCGUAUGAAAUGAUAUUAAAUAAUGAAAGUUAAGUAAAGGCUAACAGUCCAUUUCAAUAAUCAUAUGAAGUGUCUUCAUUUCUACUGUAGUUUUUUUAUAACAAGUGUGCUGUUAUGCAGAUAGGGAGACAAGUGUACUUUGUAACUCAGCAUCUUUCAGUUGAAAAUAUCCAGACCAAAAAGGAAUCACUGGUGAGAGCUGCACAGAUUGCAGACCAGUCUUUCCCUAGGCUGGGGCCUGUAAUGCACGGCUGAUUGUUCCCAAAGAAAAUUCUUUUCUUGCCCAGGCAGCUCCUGUCAUGUGACUGUAUAUCCGAGUGCCAGGGGUGGCAUCCAGUUAGGAUAGCUUAGGUUCAGGUAACUAAAAGAGAUCUUUGUAGUUAGUUUUCAGUUCUAUGGAGAAGGGAGCCAUUAACAAAUCCUCAUUUUUGGAGAGCGGAUCUUAAAUGCUUUGCUGAAACAUGCUUUUUCUCCUCGUUUACAUCACUGAUAGUUUCUUUGUCUCAUGCUGGAAACUAGACAUAGUAAUUAGCUGAUGAUUUUUUCUGUUACAGUGCUUUAGGUUUGUGAAUCCAUUUUUUAUGGUCACGCUUAGAAAUUGAACAAAACAGGAGUCAGAUAUCCAGAUGCAAUAUAACUGAUAUUUUUAGUGGCUCUGUUUAAACUGAUUUAACUGUACCAGUGCACACAUCUCACUCAUCAACUGUAAAUCUCUCUGCUCCUCUGUGCUUGCAACAGGCUUUCUAACUUGUUGGGAUAUUCUGUGUGUUAACUGUGUGGUAGUUUUGCCCAUGAGUGGUUUGGUUCAGUGGGGUAACAACAAAUGCAGGGCACUUAGAGAUUUGGAAAGUGAUUCUUUCUAUAUGAGACUGAAUGUGGCAAAGAGAAUAUGCGACUAAUUCCAAAUAUAAAAAGAAUAAUAAACUAGAAAAUGGUGCCUAAAUGUUGUGUGCUAGCCCUAUGUAAUUCAUUUUGUUUUAAAAGGUUGCAGACUUUGCUUAGGAAGAACUUCUUAAACAUAAAAAGCAGUAGCAGAAAGUGAGUCACUUAAGGGGGGGUAGCUUUCAAGAUGGCAAACUUCUAAAUAAAUAUUUUGCAUCUAUGCUAGAUCUACGAAGCAGAAAAAGCAUAAGCAAUAAUUUAACAUAGAACUGGAUAUUAAGAAGCUGCUAUUUAUAUGGACUCGAUGAUAAAGCCUGCAGAGGAUUCCCUUUAAUGAAGAGUUUAGGAAGAUAGGGUUGCUCUGAUUUUUGCGUUUGUAACAUUCCUCUUCAAAUAUUUAAGUCUGGAUGAGAGUUGUUAAAAUUCAGAGGCCAGCACUGUGUUCACAGGGCAUGGGCUUUGGGGAGAGAAGACAGAAAGAACGGGACUUCUUUUUAAGGCUGCACAAUUGUAAAUACACGUAUUUAAGAAUAUUUAACCACAACUGCUAAAUUACUGAAGUUAAUCUAUUGUUGAAUUAUAGAAUAUUAUUUAAUACAUCAGCAUUGUUUUUCCUGACCUGACCCAGAAUUGGAAUGGACUCCAAUAUGAUUUUUUUAAAGCGUUGUUGUCUGUAUUACAAACUAAUAAAAUGUUUGUUAACUUA